AUGGUGCAUAAUUUAGCCCAUCCUUAUUGGCCCCUCAAUACCAAUAUUAUCGAUUAUGUCCCCAAUACAAUGAGUGUUCCAGCACUCCUCGGCAGCUUUGCUCUGGCAACCUUCAUUAUAAUAGGAGUCUCCACAAUUGCCAUGAAGAGGCUAAGUCCGAUAUUAUCUCGUGGAGAUAAGGUCUUGUUCGGGUGGUUUGUCUUCUGUGAGCCUUCCCAUUAUUUUGCCGGGUGUAUACAUCUGAUUUUGGAAGGCUACUUUGUAUACAACCACAAAACAAUGCCCCGUAUGCAAGAUCUGCUUGGCCAGCUCUGGAAGGAAUAUGCUCAGGCAGAUUCUCGAUAUUUGACCAUAGAGCCAUUUGUGCUUUGCAUGGAAUCAAUCACAGCAUUUGGAUGGGGGCCACUUUGCUAUUUGACAGCUUGGAUGAUCGUCGUCAAGUCUCCAUACCGCCAUCCAACACAGAUGAUUGUCUCCAUGGGUCAGAUCUAUGGAGAUGUUCUGUAUUAUGGGACGAGUAUGAUGGAGGAAUAUUACCACGAGGUAUCUUAUUCUCGCCCUGAAACCUAUUACUAUUGGGGAUACUUUAUCUUCUUGAAUGCAUUCUGGAUAUUUAUUCCAGCCUGUAAGAAAUCACAUUCCAGUGAGAUGCUUCUUCUUGGCUCUUCCAUGCUAACCUUUGUCAUACUACUCAGCAACCGUUAG